CGGAAUCGGACUAGCGAGUCUAGUUUUGAACAUGUUUUAUGACACCAUGGUGCUGGGCUUCAUUCUUGCCAAAACUCUCCCGUUCAGGCCACAUAGUAAUGCAAACACUAUCGCGCGAACGCUCGCAGCAGAUGGGCUGCUUUACUAUUUCGUUGUGCUUGUUAUCAAUAUCGUAUGGACUAUUAUGCUUCUGGAAGCGCCCGAUGGGCUGAAGGAAAUUGCUGCAUCACUCAAGCUUUUCCUGACCAUCACGAUGGGGUCACGGAUCACGCUCAAUCUGCCCAAAGAGCACCGCAAGAUAACCUAUCAGGGUUCGAGACAGCCAUCACGAUGGGAGAAUGCACCGUCAUUACAGCUACCGGCGAUUGCACUUGAAUCCGUGCCCCACAGGGAUCACAGCUUGUCACAUUACAGCUCUUUACCCUCUGAGGCGCUCUGAUAGCCCGUCGUGCAUGGACCACCUAUGUCAUAGUCGAUUCACAUACCCUUGAGCUGAGGAUGGAGAUUUACCGAUGUUGUCAGGGUUAUCAACUUGAGGACGGAAUUUCGAGGGUAUAACUCCGGCGGCGACUUU